GUCGAAUAUUUGAUCCUCUGGGAAUCAUUGGCCCUGUGGUUUUGUUAGCAAAAUUAUUAAUGCAGAAAUUGUGGACAUGUAAGAUUGGCUGGGAUGUUCCCCUGCCUGAAGAGAUUGCAAAUCAAUGGAUGUUAUUCAGACAAACAAUACCAAUUCUCACUCAAUUGCAAAUUCUCAGGUGUAUCACAAACAAAAUCAUUGCAAAUCAAUAUGAGAUUCAUGGAUUUUCUGAUGCAUCAGAAGUGGCAUAUGGUGGAUGUGUAUAGCGUCAGUUUAUUGCAAAAAGUCACUAAGUACAAUUUUUGUGAAUUUUCACUUUUCGACAUCAUAUCAAAAUCAAAAUCGUUUAUUUAUCCUUAAUAAUAAUAACAUCAACAGAAAAUCAGAAACAUAGAAAUAGAAUUACAUUAGAAUGAUGUAUUACAGUAUAAAAUUAAAUUAUACAAUGAAUAUAAGGAAGGUCCCCACAAGGUUAAAGAACCUGUGCACAGGGGCCGAGUAUUAAAAAUCUAGAUAUUUUAAAUUUCAGGAUAAAAGAUAAACUAAUUAUUAAAAAAUAUUAAAAUAAUUACAGUGAAAGGAAAAAUAAUAACUAAUAGAAAAAUAUUAAACUUCUUAAACUUAGAAAAAAAGUUACUUAACUUAAAAAGAAAGAGAGAGGAAAGGAAGAAGGAAAAGAGAGAACAGAAAGGAAAUGGAAAGAAAGAAGAGGAAUACCUGAUAGAAUUGAAUUAAUCUAUUUCUCAAGAGAAAAAAUGGAUAAAAUUGGCUUAGUUUUAGUAGCAGAUAUUUAAAAACUAAUGUCAUUCGAAGAUAACCAUUCAUUUAUAUCUCUUACCAGCUUUUUACUCAAUUUAUUGGUGAUGAAAUUAUGAGGGAUUUUAUUAAUGAGAAUAUACACAUAUCUAUACACAUUAUUAAUCAUAAUAUUUUAUGAUUCAACUUUCCAUUCUUUUUCAUUGCAAGAAGUCACCAAGUGCAUAUCUUGGCUACUUUUAUCAAUAAUAAAGGUUUAUGUUUCAUCAACUACCACAAAGCUUCCCUGACAUAAUGCAAGAAUUCAUUAAGUAACUAAAUGAGUUUUAUGCAUUUCAGAAUAUAUAUUAGUUAGUGCAAAAACUCAUCAAGUUACUUAGUGAAUCUCAACACAACUUUGUGUCCAUUUCUUUGAUUGCAAAAACUCACUAAGAGCACUUGAUGAGAUUUUGCACUCUAGCAGGCAGCUGUCCACACUAGAAGGCAUUGGGUAGUUUGUGAUUUGUGGCAUUCUCGUAAUCCUAACCAAGAUUCUGAAGUAAAUUUGAUUCCGAGGUUGUUGAGAGUUGUUAUAUAAAAUAAUAUAAAAAUAUUUUUUCUUUUUUAUAAUAUCUUUAACAAGUUUUGAAAUGUCGGAGGAAGAAGGAGAAUCAUCCAUAUUUCUGUCAAGAGCGGAUUUAAUAAGAAAUUUGGUACAUCAAAACACAAACAGAGGGGUUUUAACAGAACCAGACAUUAUUGAUAGGCCUAUCAUGGUUGAUUCACAAUUGGAAGUUUUGAAUGAGGAAGUAUUCCUGCUUGAUGGAGAAAGAUACAAAAUCAUGGAUAAUGUUGAAAUACAGGUAACUAAUUACAACCAAGAUUUGGUAACAGACUUGAAUGAUCUGGAAAAUGAUGGAGUUGAGUCUGCUAUGGAUAAAAGUCAAUUCAUUUCAAAUGUUCCUGUUCAAGAAGCUAAGGAGACUAACUGCGAUCAAACUUUCAAACCAUGUACAGAAAAUAAUGUGAAUGAUGAUUUUGUUGAGUCUAAUGUCAAUGAAAGCAGAUUAAUGCAAGAUGUUGAAGAUGUGGAUGUUGAAGAAGUUCCAUCUGAAGAGACAACCUUCGAUCAUACUUUCAAACCAUGUACAGAAAAUAAUGUGAAUGAUGAUUUUGUUGAGUCUAAUGUCGAUGAAAGCAGAUUAAUGCAAGAUGUUGAAGAUGUGGAUAUUGAAGAAGUUCCAUCUGAAGACAAUGCUGAUGAUCCUACAUUUGAGCCUGAUAAGGAGACUCCAUCUUGUCAGAAGAAGAAGGGGAAAAAGAAAACAUCUAGAUGGCACAAGAGAAGUCCAGAUGAAUGAGAUAGAAAUAUUGUGAAGAG